AUGGACAUCCGUUCUUCUGUCUCCUCCCUUUCUUUUCCAGCGACGGUGACAGCUUCCUUCCUCCAGCGUAGCAGCCCCUUUCGUUCCCGGCGUCGCAGCGGCAGCAGCGAGCUUGGGUGUUCUUCUCCAGCGAGAACAGAGCAUGUGGAUGGAGACGAGGUGGUAACGGAUGUCAGUGAUGGGAGCAAAGCUGCUGAAUUUGUAGCAGAGAAUUUGCAUUCUAAUAUUCUGGACAUGCUGAAGAAUUCACCUGGCAGUUCAGCCAAAGAAGAUGCCAUUAUGGCUGGGUAUUUGAAAACUGACUCUGAAUUCUUGAAAAAGGGAAUAUGCAGUGGUGCCUGCUGCGUCACUGCUUUGAUUGAAGGAAAGGAGAUCAUAGUUUCCAAUUUAGGGGACUGCAGAGCAGUUCUUUGUAGGAGUGGAGUAGCUGAAGUCCUUACGAGAGAUCAUAGAGCUGGACAAGAGGAUGAGCGGAGAAGGAUCGAGGAUAAGGGAGGCUACGUUGAGAUUCACCGAGGAGCUUGGAGAGUUCAUGGUGUACUCUCGGUUUCCAGAAGCAUUGGAGAUGCUCAUUUGAAGGACUGGGUAGUGGCCGAGCCUGACACAAAGAGAAUGUGCCUUACUGCAGAUAUGCAAUAUCUUGUUUUAGCUUCAGAUGGACUUUGGGACAAGGUUGAGAACCAGGAAGCCAUAGAUAUGGUGAUGCAAUCAUGUCAACCGGGACCAAAAGAUGCUGAUUUAAAAGAAAACGUGUUUGAAUUUGAUUGUAUAAGCACCAGUCCCUCUUCAAAGCUAAAGAGAAUUUCUCUAGUGAAGUCAAACAAAGGAAACGAAUGCGAUUUUGGCACUGAAAAUGGAAGUCCUGUACAAAAGUCUCUGAGGAUUUCAUUGGCCAAGUCUAGUAGAGUAGGAGGCUACUCUCCAUGCUCUAACAGAAGUUCUGAUAACUGGAAAGAAACAGAUAAUGAAUUCAACAGAGAAACCGAAACUCCAUUGAAGGCUCGACGAAUUUCACUGGCCCAUUCAAGUAUAAGGGCAGGCUGCUCUCCAUGCUCUACUAAAAGUGUUGAUGCCUGGAAAGAAACAGACGAUGAAUUCAGCAGAGAAAACGAAAGCCCAUUGAAGGCUCGACGAAUUUCACUGGCCCAAUCGAGUAUAAGGGCAGGCUGCUCUCCAUGUUGUAAGAGAAGUGUUGUUGAUAGCUGGAAAGAAAAUGAAGAAAAGAGUGGACUUAUGGAUGCUUGUAAGAAACUUGCAAGCCUCGCUGUGACAAAGGGUAGUUUGGAUGAUGUAACUGUGAUGAUCAUUGAUCUUGCUCAUUUCAAAAACUUGCCAUGA